CGGGCAUGGCCAUGGCGUCCCCGGCCAUCGGGCAGCGCCCGUACCGGCUACUCUUGGACCCAGAACCGCCGCGCUAUCUGCAGAGCCUGAGCGGCCCCGAGCCGCCGCCGCCGCCGCCGCGGCCCCCCGGCCGGUCCUCGCGCCGCUGCGCCCCCGCGCCCCUCUCCGCUGCGCCCGGGGCGCACGAGGGGCGCGGCGCCCGGAGGGCUGCCCGGGGCGACCUGGAGUCCCAACUCCGGGCCUCCCGACCCGCUCGCCCUCUGCGGCCUGGUCUGCAGCAGAGACUGCGGCGGCGGCCGGGAGCGCCCCGGCCCCGCGACGUGCGGAGCAUCUUCGAGCAGCCGCAGGAUCCCCGCGUCCCGGCGGAGCGAGGCGAGGGGCACUGCUUCGCUGAAUUGGCGCUGCGGAGCGGCCGGGGCUGGUGUGACCUGUGCGGACGAGAGGUGCUGCGGCAGGCGCUGCGCUGCGCUAACUGUAAAUUCACCUGCCACCCGGAGUGCCGCAACCUCAUCCAGCUGGACUGCAGUCGGAAGGAAGGCCCAUCCCAGGACAGACCCUCGCCAGAGAGCACCCUCACUCCGAACUUCAGGCAGAAUGUCUGUAAACCCGCGGAGGACACGCGGCCCCCGCCCACGCUGCAGGAGAUCAGGCAGAAGAUCGAGAGCUACAACAGCCGGGAGAAUGACUGCCUGAGCAUGAAGCUGAGUGAAGAUGGCACCUACACGGGUUUCAUCAAAGUGCAUUUGAAACUUCGGCGGCCGGUGACGGUGCCUGCUGGGAUCCGGCCCCAGUCCAUCUAUGAUGCCAUCAAGGAAGUGAACCUGGCGGCCACCACAGACAAGAGGACAUCGUUCUACCUGCCGCUCGAUGCCAUCAAGCAGCUGCACAUCAGCAGCACCACCACGGUCAAUGAGGUCAUCCAGGGGCUGCUCAAGAAGUUCAUGGUUGUGGACAAUCCCCAGAAGUUUGCACUUUUUAAGCAGAUACACAAGGACGGGCAAGUGCUCUCCCAGAAACUCUCCGUGGCUGACUGCCCCCUCUACCUGCGCCUCCUCGCUGGGCCUGACACUGAUGUCCUCAGUUUUGUGCUGAAGGAGAAUGAAACUGGAGAGGUGGAGUGGGAUGACUUCUCCAUCCCUGAGCUCCAGAACUUCCUAACAAUCCUGGAAAAAGAGGAGCAGGACAAAAUCCAGCAAGUGCAGAAGAAGUAUGACAAGUUUAGGCAGAAACUGGAGGAGGCCUUAAGAGAAUCUCAGGGCAAACCUGGCUAACCGGUCCUGCUGCCUCUUCUCUCGAUGCCCACAGAUUUAUUUUUAUUAUUAAUUAUUAUUUUGCAACAGACACUUUUUCUCAGGACGCCUCUGGCGGGUGCAUUUGUGUCCGCCCAGCAGUUCCAGAUGUGGCACAGAAUCUCUGAUGGACAUGUGUGUGUGCCGGGUCGGGUCCACCCCCCACCACCACCACCACGCUGGGCCCUCUGGACACUGCCAAGGAGCAGCGCUCAUGUGAACGAACAACCAUCGUGCUCUUGCAAUCUGCAAGCCUUUCACAAACCAAAUAGUUGCCUCUCUCGUCACCAAACUGGAACCGUUCACACUAGCCGGCAAAGAAAAGGAAAAAGGUUUUAGAAAUAUGUAUUCUUUCUCUGGCUUUUAUUCUUCUUCAAUUUCUCUCUUAUUUGCUACCCACAGUACCUUUAUUUAUGAGUCAAAAAUUGUAGCAUAUUCCUUUAGCAGGUCUGAGCUAAGCCCUGGAAAGCAAGAUAAUGCUCAUGAAAGGAUUGUCCCCCACUGUCCUAAGGUGCCCGUUGUUCACGCUUAAGGGAAAGUCAUAAAGCCACUGGUCCCAGACGCUCAGGUAAGGAGCACCAAAGCUGAGGCUGGCUCAGAGAUCGCCAGAGAAGCUGCAGCCUGCCCUGGUCCUGACCCUCAUCGCCCAAGUCUGUGCACAUAUAAACCCAAAUAUAUAUCUGCGUGUAUGUGGUACUUAGUCAUAUCUUUGUCAACAAUUGUUUAAGUUACAAAUUUAUAUUUAAUAUUGCCAUCAUCCUCAUGUGUUUCCACCAAAGGGAAACCAGCCAUUCACCAUGUUAAAAGUCUCCCGCUGAGUAUGGAAAUCAGGCAGGCAGAGAAAGCCAAAAAGCCUUGCAGAAAAAUGCAUCCAAGCUGUCUGCAGCCUUCCCCCAGCAGAGAGCAAGGGGGCCUGGCUGCCUUGGUUCCCCCUGCACCUCCAGCACUGCCUCUCUCCUCCCACUGGGACUCUGCAGCAUCCGGGUGCUGCCAGAGGAGCUGCCUCCAUUACAGAGGGGGACCCUCCAACUCAGCCAGCUUGGAGUCACUUGUGUUCCACAGCCCGGGCCAGCCCAUGGCACUGCGCUCCCUCUGUGAGCCCGCGGGCUGGCCUUCUGCUGACCUCAGUGCCUUUUUGUUUUCAGAGAGUGACAGGAGCAGGGCGUUUGCUUGAAGCUCUGCUGCUGGCUUGCCCCUGCCAGGAAGUGGACCACGGGGGUGCGGGAGACACGGCCAGGAGAGCCUUCGCUCCAAGUGUGGGGCGAGCAAGGGCCAAAGACCUUCUUCCCAUCUAAGGUCCUGAGCUUUGACUUCCAAGAAGUGAUGUCAAACCACAUGCACAGGGCAGAUCAGAUUCCCAACUCGACAUUUGUACUGGCUCCUUGUUUAGGUUCAAACUUAAAAAUAACUAGCCAAACAAUUCAAGCAAGUAGCCAGCACUGCAAAGGCACUCCAAUGCAGAGGGAGAUGGACUUUUCACUUUCAAAGGAGGGCUGGUUUUCCAGUCCACCCUCUGAGAGACUAUUUCUUUGCUGUCCUCUGCCUUCCCAGGUCCCUCUUGGGUUGGUUUGAGCUCAAGCUUCUUGGUGUAGCCUCAGAAGUUCUCUCCCUGACCCUGCUGAGUCCACACUGCCCCUGAUCCCAGAAGGAAUGCUGAGCCCUCGUCACACAAACUGUGUAGUCUUCAGAGCUGCAAAAACGAGAAGCUAGCAGCUCGAAAAGAUUUUUUAAACCACAAAAACCCUGGUUAUCUGCCAUCUCAUGCUCAGCCUUAUCACUUCCCUCCCUUAAAAACUCUCUCCCUGCUGUAUAGUAAAGGGAGUCAGUGGACAGUCCUUUUUCCUUCAUGCUGCACGUCUUUAACACGAAUAGAAGGCACGGCGCCUGCUGUAAUGCUGUGAAUGCUGCUGAGAACCUCCCUCGGAUGGGAUGGCUACUUUAUUUUUGAGAAGGAAAAAAAAGUCAUGUACAUAUAUAGAUAAAGGCAGAUAGCUAUAUAAAAAGAGGGGUGUUUGUUUAUGAAACAAGAAAAUUAUGGGAAAAUUCAGAUUUUAUCUAAGCACAGUUAGACCCAGGCCCUAGGCUGAGGUCCAGACCUCUGAAAAUAGUGUGUGUAAAGUAUCCCUUCCCCCGAGAGGUGGGUAUGACUGCUGGUAGUGCCUUCUGUCAUUGUGUCGCCCAGUAUGUGUUUGUUUUGAGGAUGUUUUCUUUUUAAGUGUCUUUCUUAUACGGUUUUAAAAAAAGUAAUAAAGCUUGUUGA